UCUUUUGCAGCACUUAUUCUGCAUCUCUCCUGGCCCAUGUUAUAUUCAAUUAGGGCAGGCCCCUCCCCUAUCCUGAUGACACUGACAGACCCUCCUUAAGUUGCGUCGCGCCACAGCUGUCUGCAAGCAUUGAGCUGCCUGGCGCCAUCCUGAAAGAAUGCCUUCACUGUAAAAAAAAAAAAAAAAAAAAAAAAAAAAAAAAAAAAAGGGGGCUGGAGAGAGAGAGCGGGAGGUAGGGCAAGGGUGAGUGAGCAAGAGCGACACAGACAGAAAGGGAGAGAGAGAGGAGCGGAGUUAAUGGAGAGGGCUGCAACUGCGCACAAACAGAGAUUUGAUCAGUGAGUUUAACUUACUGGUGCUGGUCAGUGUGCAGUAAAGCCAUCUACUGCAAACAAGUCCAAUGCCUAUAGAAACCUCAGCAACUUGUUGAAUCGGGCUAAAAGACUGACAUUUUUUGAGAAGAAGAAGUUCAGGAACUCUGCGUGGGACCUGGAUACGAUUUUGGACCUAUUUAUAUGUCAACACCUCUGUUGCAUUUGUAAUGUAGGGUGAUCGAAAGCAACGGCGGAACCUGUGGAUUUAACAAAAAGGGAUUUUGGACAGAUUGUUUCUUAUCUUUUGACUUGUAUCGGUUUGCUUCGGCGUGCAUGAACAUUUGCUAAAAAGCAAUGGAAGUAAGUGCGGAUCAGCCACGAUGGAUGAGCCAUCAUCCCGCGGUGUUGAACGAGCAGCAUCCCAGCUCACACCACCCUGGCCUCGGCCACUCGUACAUGGACCCUUCGCAGUAUCCCCUCGCUGACGAUGUGGAUGUACUGUUUAAUAUCGAUGGACAGGGGAACCAUGUUUCUCCAUACUAUGGAAACUCAGUCCGAGCCGUCCAGAGGUACCCUCCUCCUCCACACAGUAGCCAGGUGUGUCGUCCGUCAUUACUGCACGGCUCUCUGCCCUGGCUGGAGGGAAGCAAAGGCAUCGCCCCGCACCACAGCACUUCUCCCUGGAACCUGAGCCCCUUUCCCAAGAACCCCUUGCACCAUGGCUCCCCGGCAAGCCUGUCCGUCUAUCCGCCGGCCUCCUCCUCCUCGCUGCCCGCCGGUCACUCCAGUCCGCACCUCUUCACGUUUCCCCCGACCCCUCCGAAAGACGUAUCACCGGACCCGGGCAUAUCCACCCCGGGGUCCAGCAGCUCCGCACGGCAGGAGGAUAAAGAGUGCAUAAAGUACCAGGUGACCCUGGCCGAGAGUAUGAAACUGGAGUCAGCUCACAGCCGAAGCAUGGCAUCAAUCGGAGCAGGGGCAUCCUCUGCCCACCACCCCAUCGCCACAUACCCACCCUAUGUCCCUGAAUACGGCCCAGGCCUCUUCCCACCAAGUAGCCUGAUAGGUGGGUCAUCUUCUAGUUAUGGUUCCAAAACAAGACCAAAAACAAGGUCCUGUUCAGAAGGUAGAGAGUGUGUGAACUGCGGGGCAACGUCGACCCCGCUGUGGAGGCGGGACGGUACGGGUCACUAUCUGUGUAACGCCUGCGGACUCUAUCACAAGAUGAACGGGCAGAAUCGCCCUCUCAUCAAACCCAAGCGACGACUGGUACGUUUCUACCACAUGUUUCUAUUGAUGACAUUUCCGUUUCUCUCUCUCUUUUUCCCCUAUCCAGGAAGAAGUAGGCCUAUUAGCUGCAGGAAAUUGAGUCGACAAGUGCAGUCCGCAGCGAGGCGGGCAGGCACAUCAUGUGCGAACUGUCAAACAACAACGACGACGCUGUGGCGGAGAAACGCUAACGGGGACCCGGUGUGCAACGCCUGCGGCCUCUACUUCAAACUGCACAAUAUCAACCGACCUCUGACCAUGAAGAAGGAGGGCAUCCAGACCAGGAACAGGAAGAUGUCCAGCAAGUCCAAGAAGAGCAAAAAGUCCCACGACAACAUGGACGACUUCUCCAAGAGCCUGAUGGACAAGAGCAGCUCCUUCAGCCCGGCCGCCCUGUCCCGCCACAUGUCCUCCUUCCCUCCCUUCUCACAUUCCGGCCACAUGCUGACCACCCCCACACCCAUGCACCCCUCCACAAGCCUCCCCUUCGCCCCCCACCACCCCUCCAGUAUGGUCACUGCCAUGGGCUAGACCUCACCCGCUGCACCACCCCUGACCCUCGGCCCCGCCACCACACCCCUCGGUACCUCUGCUGACCUGCUUCCGUAUCUUAAAAGACAAAUAAACUGCUCCUCGGCCCGACCUAAGCUCUCCUGUCUCCCCACCAAGUCACCUGCGAGCUGACCUCGGUGCGAGAAAGACAGGCUUUAGGUUCCAUUGUCCUCAGUUGUAUCUUAUUUUUAUAAAAUGAAAGUGUACCUCUGCGAUAUGAAUGCUUUGCAGACUGACUUGACCGUGGCGCACUGACCUCCGGGAAGACGUUGUUUUUCCCUCCAACCCGGGAGAGUGACGAGAACAUUCUCUCUCCAAGCCACCGCCACAUACAGACUUGUCCUCCCAGCUGAUCCCACGAUAAGGAGCUCCAUUUGUGUACAAAAAGCCAUUUUUCCACACACAAAUAGUACAAAAACAGACAUUACGAAAAGCUAACUUUUAUGAUGCCCUUCUCCCUUUCCCAGCCCGCCUCUCUUCACCUUGCACCUGUGUAACAGGAAUUCCUGCCCCCGGUCUUCUGCCGAAGACAAGGGGAGACAAACUUUGAAUAUAUUUGUACAAAUUGUAUGAAAUACAGUACAUUUAAUGAAGACUUUUUAAUUAAGUAAGAAAAAAAGGAAACAUGCCCCUGGGCAGCUAAUGACGAGAAGGGUACGAGUCAAGGCAGGUGGAGAGACUUGCCGCCGGAGGAGUGAGGAGAGGACGCCUGUGUGUCCUGGAGAAAAGAGGGAGGAGGGAGGAGAAGACGAGAUGGAGAGACUCAGAAAGAGCAGGCUCAGUUUUUGCCUGCUGGAAUUGUGUUGCAUUAAGUUUGCAGAGAGUCUAACGGCUCUGACUGCAGGCGUCUCUUUUUUUGGAUGUGCUAUAGGUCUCGGGCAAUUGGUUUGUGUUGACACACACACAUACACACGCACACACAAAUGCGCACAUGUACCCGCCCCUACACACACACACACACACACACACACACCCACACAUACAUACACACACAUACACACACACUGCCACAUUGGAUCACCUGAAAGACUUUCUUCCUGCCCACAGAUUAUAUGCAUUGUGAAAAAAGUUCCUGUAUUUGUUAUUUGUAUGUAUAAAUCAGAGUACCAAAAAUACGAAAGAAACAAAGAUGUAGAAUUAUUUCUUUAUGUUAUGCAGACUGAAUGGUUGUAAAAAUUUAAUAAUAAUCACUAGUGUAAAAUAUGACUGCUUUUUUGUUUCGUAAUUUUUUCCUCUUUGAAAAUAAUAAACUAGUUUAAUCUCUGUUGACAUGUUA